GGGAGGCGGGGCGGGAAGGCAAAGGUGUCUCCUCCACCCGAGCGGCGGGAGACCCGAGCGAGCCCGGUGACAGCUCGUCGGCCGCCAUGUCAGCGAGAGGGGCUGGGAACAGCCCGGGCGCCCAGCGGUGGACCCCCUUUCGCCUCUGAUUCCCAGACAUGGAAGGACUUUAAUGAAACUCACAGGACUCAACAAAAGAUGCUCUAAUGGAUGACAGUGAACCGCCUGCAGGUGAACUUCAGAUAGAACCACAAGAUGGGCGUCAUCCUGGUGGCGGUGUGGAAAGUGUAGGGUCCCGCUUGCCUUCUGCAUCGGACGAAAAUGAAAAUCGACUUGACGGGUGUGGGCAUGACCGCCUGACCAGCAGUGACGGUGCCAUGGGCAACCCUGCAGCGUCCGAGCAGGACAGUCUCAACAACAACGCGGGCUGCACACCCAGCUGUGAGGCGGCCGCCAGUGAGACCUCAGAAAACACUGCUUGCGAAGGCCCCAAGGAGGAACAGGACUUCUCGGGAAAGGACGAAAACGUACCUGGAAAGGAAAGCCCAAGAACCAAGACAGGCACGGCCAGGAAGGUCCCACCAGGACUUUCCUCGGGGGAUUCCAUACCGUUAAUGCAAGAAGAUGUGCUGAGUGCAGACGCACCAUGUGCUGUUGGUGAGGAAGAGUCAGCCGAAGGCAAUGCUAACGACCAACCAGAAGCCCCGACACUGGCUUUGCAGUCUCUGUUCUCACUGAUCCGCGGUGAGGUGGAGCAGUUGGACUCGAGAGCACUUCCCCUUUGCCUCCAUCAGAUAGCAGAGUCCUAUUUCCAGGAGGAGGACUAUGAGAAAGCAAUGAAAUUCAUUCAGCUUGAACGACUAUAUCAUGAACGAUUGCUUGCCAAUCUUUCUGCUAUUCAAGAACAAUGGGAAACAAAAUGGAAAACUGUACAGCCACGUGCAGCCACGUCUCCAAGGAAUUCAGAAAAGGGGUUUAAUGGUGAAGAUUUUGAACGGCUUACCAAAUUUUGUGAAACACAUCAAGAUCCUCUUUUAUCCAAAUCUAAGACAGCAGCUGCGGAGACGGCCCUGGGGGGGGAGAGCUUUGCGCAGUCAGCGGUGUCGGAGGGUCCCCAGGGAACCGGAGCUGCAGCCGAGGAGCCGGAGCGUGGAACUUGCCCUGGCAUGGAGCCAAGCGGAGAGAGCCAGCGGAGGGAGGAGACCCCGGGGAGCGGGCCGGGCUGUGGCCAGACGGCCAGGCGGGCGGCUCCGCCGCGCCCUCCGGCAGCUGCGGGCCAGGACCGCGCCGAGGAGGAGCCGCUGGGCAGCGCCGCCGCCGCCCCGGAGCUCCCCGCCCCGGCCUCCCAGGCAGCCGGCACGCCCGGGCCGCUCGCCCCCGAGAGCGCAGGGGAGGAUGGCCACCGCCCGCAGCCGGCUCCCCCGGAGGCCCGCGGAUCUGAAGACUCCCCGGCGCCCCCCUCCAGCGAGGCAGUGACGGGGCCGGAGCAGGCACCCCCUGCACCUGGGGGUCACCCUGCACCUGGGGGUCACCCUGCACCUGGGGUUCACCCUGCACAGGCUCCCAGGAGGGACCUCCAGUUGCCACUGCCAGAUGCUUCUGCAGACCCCCCUGCGCACCGGGAGCUGAAGGAGCCGCCGCCGCAGCCCGAGGGGCGUCUGGCCCCCGAGGGGCGGGGCGACCCGGACCCGCGGGUCAGCCGGGAGGCGGAGGACUACCUGAGCAGCCUCCUGGCGGGGUGCCUGCGGGGCGCCGAGGACUCCCCCUCCGGCGAGGAGGACGACCCCGACCUCCUCCCGGACCUGUCCCCCGACGAGGCCUCCUACAGCCUCCAGGACGACCCGCCCUCCCCCUCGGACGGCAGCCUGUCGCUGGAUGACCUGGCGAGAAGGAUCGAGGUCGCGGAGGUUGCUCCCGCUGCGGGACUGGUCUCCAUAUUGAAGAAGAGGAACGACGCUGUGGGCGGCCACCCUGCCCCGAUGCAGCAGAAGCCGCCCAAGCGGAGGGUGCGGUUCCAGGAGAUGGACGACAACCUGGACCAGGAUGAAGCUGGGAGUGGCUCCUGCAUUUUACUGGUCUUGCUGUGCGUCGCCACGGUUCUGCUCAGCGUGGGAGGAACCGCCCUGUACUGCGCUUUCGGGGACCUGGAGUCGCCCGUGUGCACGGACUUCGCCGACAACGUGGACUUCUACUACACGAAGCUGCUGCGGGGCGUGGCGGAGCUGAAGCACUGGGUCCGCCUCUCCUAGCGCAGCAGCGGCCGCACCGCACUGGGCAGAGGGCCAAGGGGAACUCACUCUCUAGGCGGCUCUGAUUUGGGGGGGUGGUGUACCGCGCCCCGCCCCGUGAGGAGCCGUGGACGUCAGCAACAGCAGCUUCAGCAGGCGGCCCAGGGAGACUGGCACCAUCGCACGUGGAGCAGCGGGGACCUGCGCGUCGUGGGGGCAGGAAUGGCCUGGCCAGCCUCCUCCCGGCCGCCUCCGCGGGCCGCUGCGCUGCGUUAAACGGGAGUGUUGCAGCCACGCGUCCUUAGCUUCCUGUCAAGCUGACACUUAAUGACACUUGGUUUCCACUAGUUGGUCCAAAGACGUCGCUUCCAGCCAUCACGCAAUAAGUGUGGGUGAUCGAAAGGAGGUACCGUUGUGUCCAUGUCUCUUUUCAGUUGGCCUGGAGCGCUGUGUAAGCGAGGCUUUGCGCGUCAUUUACACGUUCUGGUCUCCGUUCGUGGAAUGGUUGGGUGCACAUGCGUGUUUGCGUGGGUGCGUGCAUGUGUUUCAGUUAAUCAUGAGCAAAUACCCAACGCAAAAUAACAAAAAAAUUACCUUUAUUCUUUUAACUUGACUAUAGAUGUGCAGGCACAAAUCUUUAGAGCAGGUUUCACUGUGGAACCGAGGAGAUGUAGAGAUGUUGGCCCUGGAAGGAGGAGCUGUGACAGAUCUGCGACAAUUAACUUGAUUAACAAGCCAGGAAUUAACUAGAGACCUGGAAGUAACGUUCAAGAGCUCCCUCUGAGCCUCAGGCAGGCCGUUUCAGAUGGAUUCGAGGCCUGGUGGAGUAUGCUGAAUGCUGGACUCAAUUCAGCAAACGCUUACUGAGCACCGCUUAGGUUCUGAGUCUAAGAACUGAAAUACAAAGAUAAUGAGAUACCAGUUCCUGCUCUAGAGGUUUUCACUCUGGCCUUGUGUUAAAAAGAUACUUUGGCAAAUGAAAGUAACUCACCAUACAACUCAGUGUUAGCAGGUCAUGCAUUCAGAGGUUUGAACGUGCAUUCAUGUCACAGGCUCGAGUUAGUCCUUUUACGGGGUCAUUAAGCAGAAAGUCAAUCAUGUCUUAAACAAACAAAUGUCUGAAUUUUGUUUAAAUCUGUCAGUUCUGUGGCACUUCCUUUUCUGAGGUCGAAGCCUUGCUGUGGCUUUUUAUAACAUAGGCAGCAUUUUAAAAGAAUCAGAACAUGAAUUAUAGUUUUUUAGCAAGUGAUCAUUACUUCAUGUUUUUCUGUCAGAAUCACGUGAAAGAAAAAGGGAGAAGUUACUUCCUAGUUGUUACUGGCUGGUACAGUACCCCUUCAUGUUCUGCUUAUUUAUUUAGAUUAUGUGAAUUUUGAAGGGCUUUUUAUAUGUGUUGAAAGUGUGUUUUUGAGCAUGCAUUCAGUUUUCGCAAUGUAGAUAUUUAAUUACUGUGGACUUAGUAUUUUGAUUUCCUAUAAAUUCAAUGUCUCAUGUUUUUAGGCUUGUUUCUUUUUAAAUUGAUGUUUGAUUUUCACUCAUAAUACUGUUUGACUUGUCUCAUGUCACCAUAAACUAAUAUUUUCAAGGAUUAUAGAUCAAAGAUAUUUAUUUAGAAGUAUACAAGAUACUGAAAUUUAGAUUCCUUAUACUUAAGGCUGAUUUUAUUAGAAGGUUAUUUUAAUGUUCUAUUAUAAAUUUUAAGAAUUUGUAUUCAAACUGUAUGUAAAAUAUGUAAAUGUCAACGGUACUAUGUUAGAUGGUUCUAUAAAAGACAUUCACCAAGUCUGCUGUGAGGGGUGCCCCCGUCAUGGACAACCCUCUUCCGUUUCACCCUCUUGGUUCCUAGUUAUGAGAAUUUCUGAGUCUGAUUUCUGACGGUUUUAUGUGAAGAUAAAUGAAGCCUUCCUCCUGCUCUCCCCUUGAGUCGCUAUGGAAGUCCCACGUACCCCGAGUGUCUCAUUUGCCUGGAGGCGCCAGGACCUCCACUCCACACCGAAGGUUUCCUGGAAACCUUGACGCUGAGCGGAGAGGACUGAGGUGACACCUGGGUCCUCGGGGGUCCAGUUGAGUCUCAGAGGAACCAGGUGUGUCCUCACGCUUCCCGGGGGUGGGGAGGCGAGCUCAGGAGCUCAGUGUGGUGAUGUCUUGACUUAAAAUGGGCAUGAAAAUCGCGACUGGAACAAGUAGGGCACCGCUUAAAACGUGAUAGUCAUUCAUUGCAUGAAGUGGAGUAAUCCCAUCUGGUGGUGAAAGCAUUGUGAUCGCACAGGUGAAACAUUCAUCCAGCUUUACCCUGAUGUUAUCUUUCCUGCCAUGUGAAAGUUCCGACAACUGCUUGUAACUACUCUUCCUUCAGAACUGUAUUGGAGGGUGACCGGUCAAGCUUGUAAUUUAAAAUCUUCACCAACAAA